AUGCCCCGCUCCUUCCUGGUGAAGAAACCUUCCAGCACCCGCAUCCCCAACUACAGCCAGCUCGACACCGGCGCUCGCGAGCUCGACGGCUUGUGCGACUGCGGGGGGCUGCUCCCCCCCGGCCACCGCCAGCCCCCCGCGCCCCCCGCUCCUCCCUGCCUGCAGGACCGUGGCCGCCUUCUCUCCCGCUUCCCCCUCCUGCUGCCCCCCGAUACCAAGGCUUCCCCCAUCCCGAUGGGCACCCACAGCCCGGGCACCCCCUUGAAGGACAUCCAGACCCUCAACCUGCCCCUGCGGCGGGGGCCGCACCGGCGAAGCUUCAGCUGCCGGCACUGCGCCCGGGCGUACGCCAGCUUGGGCGCCCUGAAGAUGCACAUCCGAACCCACACCUUGCCCUGCCAAUGCCGCCUCUGCGGCAAAGCCUUCUCCCGGCCCUGGCUGCUCCAGGGCCACAUCCGCACCCACACAGGGGAGAAGCCCUACGCCUGCCCCCACUGCAGCCGGGCUUUCGCCGACCGCUCCAACCUCCGCGCCCACCUCCAGACCCACUCGGACGUCAAGAAGUACCGGUGCCGUGCCUGCGCCAGGACCUUCUCCCGCAUGUCGCUGCUGGCCCGGCACGAGGACGGGGGGUGUUGCGGUACGUCCUGA